GUCCGCACUUGGAAGUCCUCGUCGAUUGGAUCAAAGCGUGAUGAGAGAGAAAGAAAAGAAAAGAAAAGAAGAAAGUAAAAAAAAAAAAAAAACACAAUAUCAUGACGCUUUCUCCUCUUACUAACCUUUCCCUUUCUCCCUCUAUUCUCCCUUCUUCUCUUCUACGGAUGAGAAACAUACCUCAAAAACCCUAGAUCUCUCUCCCCUUCUCUUCUCUCUCUCUCCCCCCCUCUUCUCUCUUCCUUUUUUAUCCUCCGAUCUCUCUCUGUCUCUCUGUCUCUCUCUCAUUUUCUUCGUCGAUGCAAUGUUCUUAAUCGAUCAAAAAUCGCCGUAACUCGGUAAUUUCUUGUGCGAUCGGUGGGCUUCCUUUUUUAUCUACCUUUUUUUUUUUGGUUUUAUUUAUAGGGUUAGGUUUCGAAAUUCGGAUCUAGGAUUUCGUUUCUCAAAUGGAGCCUCGUGUCGGGAACAAGUUCCGUCUCGGUCGCAAGAUCGGGAGCGGCUCCUUCGGAGAGAUCUAUUUAGGUACAAAUAUUCAGACGAACGAGGAGGUUGCCAUUAAGCUUGAAAAUGUCAAGACAAAGCAUCCCCAAUUGUUGUAUGAAUCAAAGUUGUACAGGAUCCUACAGGGAGGAACUGGAAUUCCAAAUGUUAGAUGGUUUGGCGUUGAAGGUGACUAUAAUGUUCUAGUGAUGGACUUGUUGGGUCCGAGCUUGGAAGACCUUUUCAACUUCUGCAGUAGGAAACUGUCCUUGAAGUCUGUUCUUAUGCUCGCCGAUCAAAUGAUCAACCGAGUUGAGUUUGUUCAUGCCAAGUCUUUUCUACAUCGAGAUAUCAAGCCAGAUAAUUUUCUUAUGGGCUUAGGGAGACGAGCAAAUCAGGUGUACGCCAUUGACUUUGGUCUUGCUAAGAAGUAUAGAGAUACUUCAACCCACCAACACAUUCCUUACAGAGAGAAUAAGAAUUUGACAGGGACUGCGAGAUACGCGAGCAUGAACACCCAUCUUGGCAUUGAACAAAGCCGGAGGGAUGAUCUGGAAUCUCUUGGAUAUGUUCUUAUGUAUUUCCUAAGGGGAAGUCUUCCAUGGCAGGGCCUGAAAGCAGGUACUAAGAAACAGAAGUAUGAGAAAAUCAGUGAAAGAAAAGUUUCCACAUCUAUUGAGGCCUUAUGUCGAGGUUAUCCUACGGAAUUUGCAUCGUACUUCCAUUACUGUCGUUCUCUACGGUUUGAUGACAAACCAGAUUAUGCUUAUCUGAAAAGAAUAUUUCGUGACCUUUUCAUUCGUGAAGGUUUUCAAUUUGAUUAUGUGUUCGACUGGACCAUUUUGAAAUAUCAGCAAUCACAAAUUGCAAGUGCUCCUCCACGUACUCUUGGCCCCGCCGCUGGAACAAGCUCUGGGAUGCCCCCUGCUAUUGCUAGUGCUGAUAGGCAGCCAGCUGGUGAAGAAGGAAGGGCAACUGGUGGUUGGUCGAUGGAUGCCUCCCGUCGUAGAGUGUCAGGACCAGCUGUAAAUGCAGGCAGCUUAUCAAAGCAGAAGAACCCCGUCGCAAAUGAUUCAGCUGUCACUAAAGAUACUAUGUUGUCCAGUUCCACAUUCCUGGGGCGGUCAAGCGGAUCAUCGAGGCGUGCUGCUGUUUCCAGCAGCCGUGAUGCUAUUGUGGGGAGCGAGGCAGACCAUUCUCGUUCCCGCACAACAGAGGCAAGCCCUGGAGGGUUCCGCAAGGUUGUGAGUGCGCAGAGAAGUUCGCCUGUUGGCUCCUCGGAGCCCAAACGCUCGUCUUCUGGUAGGAACGCCUCUAACAUAAAGAACUAUGAGUCCACACUGAAGGGCAUGGAGUGCCUGAAUUUCGACACUGAAGAGCGGCUGCACUAUUAGUAGAGAGAAGGCUGGUUGCACCACUAGAUUUCUCUUUCACCUUACCUGCCUACCCUCUGUAAAUCAUAAACUGGUGUACUAAUACAUUCGGGAGUGGAAUGGUUGUUUCUUUUGAGUUGUGAUUUGAGGGAAGCCUCUGAUUUCGAAACACGAGAAGAUGUCAUUGCUCCGCUGGACACCCUUCGAGGCUACUCAACAAUAAAAAAGUAAAAGGGGCCGAAGAGCCGUGCCUAACUGAGCCAAAGUCAAGGUAAGGCUGUGUCUAUAUUAUGUGUUGAGUUGCGUUGUCAUGACUUCCCUGUCAUUUACGUUAGUGUUCUUUCUAUAUUUACAAUUUCAUUCCUUUUCAUUACUGUGUUUCCUAGGAAGCCGGGUUCCUCCCUUUCCCAUGUUUCUUUGGAAACUGGUCUAUAUUUUUUAGGCUAUGUUUGCAUUGGGCGACCAUUUCAACAUUCAUGCCACCCAUUGUUUGUAUUGAUUUGCUUUUCUUUUUUCUUCUA